GAUGGAGGAUUGGGAUUGAAUUUCAGCCUUAAAAAAAAAUUGGGAAAAAAAGAAAACGAAUUUCCAUACGAAAUUCAUCGAUUUCAAUGUUUCUUUAUCAACAAGACUGAAAAACUUCAAGUCAAUCGGUUAUUAAAGACACCCGAAAACAAAAAAUCGAGGGGAAAAUUUUAAUAAUUAUUAAUAUACUAAAAAGUAUUGUAGUUAAAAACAUGGAAUUUCUAGGAAGAGUUGUUCUUCUACUGUUUCUAUUUCUUGUUCCUUCUCCUUAUAAUAGUAGUAAUAAUUCUUCUUUUUUAUUCUUCUUCUGCCCAAUUCCCCUUUCUCUCUCUAUCGUUUAUCUUCGUUUUUAUUUAAUAUGUUUUCUCGCCCCAGUUUUUCUCUCCUUGUGUGUUUGUGUUCUUGGCUGUCGCGAUCGGGUGAUCUGUAGGGAUAUAAACAGGGUUGGGUGGGUUGAUUGGCCCUCGAUUCGAUUGUUUUUUUGUUGGCUGGAGAAAUCAAGGGUUUGUCAGCUUCAAUUGAUCUGUAAUGGAGGGUGGUUCUGAAGGGGAGAGCAACAAGAACGCUCAACACAGCCCUUCCGAUGGCCAGACCAAGAAGCCUAAGCGCCAGAUGAAGACUCCUUUCCAAUUGGAAACCCUAGAAAAAGUCUAUGCCAUGGAGACUUACCCAUCUGAAGCAAUUCGAGCAGAGCUGUCAGAGAAGUUAGGGUUGACUGACCGGCAGUUGCAGAUGUGGUUUUGUCACAGGAGGUUAAAGGAUAAGAAGGAAGCAGCAGGUGUAGCAGCAAUGAAGCCACGUGUUGGACCUAAUGGUGGUGCAAGUGGGAAGAGGAGUUUCGCAGAGUUAACCAGAGAUGAAGUCACAAUACCUGAGCCUGGUAGUGAUCAUAGGUCUGGUUCUGGAUCUGGUUCCGGUUCCGGUUCUGGCUCCGGGUCAAGCCAGUUUGAUAAUGGGGAUGGCAUGCCAACAAUGCCGGUAAGGUAUUAUGAGUCACCAAGGACGGCAAAGGAGCGUAAAAUUAUUGCUUGCAUUGAGUCGCAGUUGGGAGAGCCUUUACGGAGUGAUGGCCCUAUUCUUGGUGUGGAGUUUGAUGAACUGCCGCCUGGUGCAUUUGGGGCUCCUAUAGUGCCAACAGAGCGUCGGGACCAUUACAGGCAUUCCUAUGACACCAAGCUGUUCGGGGGAUAUGAACCUAAACAAUAUAAUGCUUUACCAAGUGGUCUCCACGAACCUGCUGAGCCAAAGAUAAGAUCUGAUGGAUAUGACCAAAUUGCCCCAUCUUACCACUAUGGUUCACCUGCAAGAGGUCCUACAAAACCCUUGUCAGUCAUGAAAGCCAAUGGGCAUUUCUCUAGAGAGUAUACUGUUGAAAGUCAAGCCUCAACUAUCAAUGUAUUGCCUCAACAUGGCUUCCAGGGACAAUUUCAAUCUCCUCCCAGGGAAAGUGAGUUUAUUACUCCUAAUGAAGGCACUUUGCAGAUGGAUCAUGAACGCAAGAACGAUGAAGCUAGAAUAGGAAGGGAAGCACUAGCUCAUGAAAAAAGGAUUCGAAAAGAACUCGAGAAACAGGAUCUUUUAAGGAGAAAGAGGGAAGAACAAAUGAAAAAGGAAAUGGAAAGACUGGAUCGUGAGAGAAAGAAAGAAGAACAGAGGCUAAUGCGUGAACAACAGAGGAAGGAAGAGAGGUUUCAACGUGAGGAAAAGCGUGAAAUGGAAAGGCGAGAGAAAUUUUUGCAGAGAGAGCUUUUGAGGGCUGAGAGGAAAAGACAGAAAGAAGAGCUUCGCAAAGAGAGGGAAGCAGCAAAACAGAAGGCUGCUAUGGAGAGGGCAGCAGCACGGAAAUUUGCUAAAGAAGCCAUGGAGUUAAUUGAGGAUGAACGGUUGGAACUAAUGGAAUUGGCUGCUUCUAACAAAGGCUUAUCAUCCAUAGCUUCCCUUGAUUAUGACACAUUGCAAAACCUUGAAUUAUAUCGAGAAUUUCUGUGUGAAUUCCCUCCAAAGUCUAUCGAAAUGAAAAGGCCUUUCUCCAUCCAACCAUGGAUUGAUUCACAGGAGAACAUUGGGAAUCUUCUCAUGGCUUGGAGAUUCUGCAUAAAUUUUGCAGAUGUUCUUGGGCUUUGGCCUUUUACGCUUGACGAAUUUGUUCAGGCUUUCCAUGACUAUGAUUCAAGAUUGCUGAGUGAGAUACAUAUUGCACUUUUGAAACUGAUCAUAAAAGAUAUUGAAGAUGUUGUGAGAACACCUUCUGGUGGGCCCGGUACAAACCAAUAUAAUGCUGUCAACCCAGAAGGUGGACAUCCUCAAAUAGUUGAAGGGGCCUAUGUCUGGGGUUUUGAUAUAUGCAACUGGCAAAAACACUUAAAUCCAUUGACAUGGCCUGAAGUACUGAGGCAAUUUGCACUUUCAGCUGGAUUUGGUCCCCAGUUGAAGAAAAAGAAUAAAGAACAGGGUGGCUUGAAUGAUAAUGAUGAGACUAAAGGUUGUGAAGAUAUUGUAUCAACCCUAAGAAGUGGUAGUGCUGCUGAAAAUGCAGUUGCAAUUAUGCAUGAAAAGGGAUUUAUGCUUCAGCGCAAGUCCAGGCAUCGGUUAACUCCAGGAACUGUGAAGUUUGCUGCUUAUCAUCUUCUUGCACUUGAAGGAGAGAAAGGCUUGAACGUUAUAGAGCUUGCCGAGAAGAUUCAGAAAUCUGGGCUCCGAGACCUUACAACAAGCAAGACACCGGAAGCAUCUAUUUCUGUUGCUUUGUCAAGGGAUCCCAUGCUUUUUGAAAGAAUAGCUCCUUCAACAUACUGUGUCCGGCCUGCUUUCAGGAAGGAUCCAGCAAAUGCUGAAGAAAUAAUUUCAGUAGCGAGAGAAAAGAUUCAGAGAUAUGUAAAUGGGUUUUUAGCUGGUCAGAAUGCUGAUGAUGAGGAAAGAGAUGAUGAUUCUGAGUGUGAUGCUGCUGAUGGUCAGGAGAUUGAUGAUAUAGGUACUCCAUCUGAUGUGAUUAAAAAUACUGACCUACAAAAUGACAUUGGCACUUGCUCGGUGAAUGGAAAAGAUAACCCUUCUGUAGCAGUUGAUAAGAAAAAUGGAUUUGAUACUGUUGGUAUUGGAGGAAGUAACCCCGGCCAAGAAGGCGGGGAGAUUGAUGAAAGCCAAUCAGGUGAACCAUGGGUUCAAGGACUCACUGAAGGUGAAUAUUCCAAUCUGUGUGUGGAGGAGCGUCUGAAUGCUCUUGUUGCGGUAAUUGGCAUCGCAAGUGAAGGCAACACUAUUCGUGCAAUUCUUGAGGAUCGACUUGAUGCUGCUACUGCUCUUAAGAAACAGAUGUGGGCUGAAGCACAGUUGGACAGAAGGCGUAUGAAGGAAGAGAAUAUAAUUAAGUUUCAUGAUUCUUCAUUCGGUGCUGCAGCAGAGGGCAGUCAAAGUCCAUUUACCCUUCCCGACAACAAAGUUCACGAGCCAGCACAAGCUGCAGCGGUAAAUGAUGCUUCUGUUGGAUUGGACAAUGCUCAGAACCAGCUUGAGCUUUUGCCUGCUGAAAAGAGCUUGGCACCGCAGGAUUUUUCCACGAGUUCAUUUAUUUCCUCUAUUCAACCAAGUGGAUAUACAGCAGAAAGGUCAAGAAUGCAGUUGAAAUCUUUCAUUGGCCAUAAAGCAGAAGAGAUGUAUGUGUAUAGGUCUUUGCCUCUGGGUCAAGAUCGAAGGCGUAAUCGUUAUUGGCUAUUUGUUGCCUCUGGUUCUAGUCAUGAUCCUGGUUCUGGCAGGAUCUUUGUUGAAUCACCUGAUGGAUUUUGGAGACUGAUCGACACUGAAGAGGCAUUUGAUGCUCUCUUGACGUCUUUGGAUACUCGUGGGCUUAGGGAAUCUCAUUUACAUAUAAUGAUGAAAAAGAUUGAGAUUCCUUUCAGGGAGCGUGUUAGGAGGAACACCUUACAGAAUGGUUCAGUGGUCCAAUGCGGGAAUGCAACUCGAAAUGAAGCAGCUGAAGCAAGUUCUGGUGGUGAUAGUCCUAGCAGUAUGGUGUGUAGUACAAGUUCUGAUAGAUGGGAACCGUCUUUCAAAAUUGAACUUGGAAAAAACGAGGAGGAGAAGAGGAACGCGUUGAGGCGAUACCAAGACUUCCAGAUUUGGAUGUGGAAAGAACACUUUGGUUCAUCAAUCCUAUGUGCAUUGGCACAUGGACAAAAAAGGUGCUUACCGUUGUUGGGAGUCUGCGAUCGCUGUCUCGACACAUUUCUUUUCGAAGAAGACUUCUGCAGCUCUUGCCACAGGACAUUUGCCAAUGUUGACUUUGUCGUAAAACUUUUGGAGUCGGAAAUCAGUUAUGGGGACAUAAUACAAUUUGACUCAGAGAAUGUGGUUAUCUCUAGUACUUCUUGUCCUCUAAGAAUCAUAUUGAUCAAGGCCUUGUUAUCUAUGCUUGAGGUUUCUAUUCCAAGUGAAGCAUUCCAAUCUUCUUGGACGGAAGACACUAGGAGGAUAUGGGGUCUAAAUUUGCACAACUCAUCAUCCACCGAGGAUCUUCUACAGAUUCUGACUCAGUUGGAAGGAUUUGUAAAACAAGAUUAUUUGUCGUCAAAUUUUGAGACGACGAAGGAGUUACUGCGUCACUAUGCAUCAUCACGAGCCCCUGCUUGUCAAUCCGUUUCCCAGCUCCCUUGGAUACCGCUAACCACUGCCGCUGUGGCACUCAGACUUUUCGAAUUUGAUGCCUCAGUGUCCUAUGAUCCAGAGCCGAAAGCUGAGCCUUGCAAUGGCCUGAAAGUUGAAAGCUUUCCAAAGUCACCUAUGGGGUAUGCUUCCAUAAACGACAUUCAGAAAGUGGAAUCGACAGCACUGGACCGAGGUGUACAUAGGAAAGAGGAAAACUGGAAUUACUUGGGCACGACGCCGGGCAGCUCCAGAGGUAAGCAAAUGGCUCGUGGGAGAGGAGGAGGCGGUCGCCCACGUGGAAGAUUACAGAAAGGAAGCGCCAGAUCGGCAUCAGAAUCUACACCACCCGUUGCAAGGCGUGGCGAGAUGCUGACUCAAGCUUUAAUGCAGCAGGGAGAAACACAGGUACAGAAACAUAUGCGCGGUCGCAGAACCGUUAGGAGAAGGAGAGAAAGGAACCUAGUCAUUGAAGAUAUACACCACGAAUAUCUGGGCGACGAAGACAACAACCACAGAAGCGUUGCAGAAUCCCCCGAAUCGCAUCGCGGCCAAGAUGAUCUCAUGGACAUAAGCAUGGAAAGAACCCCAGCCGAGAACGACAACAACAGCAACAGCGGGGAAGCCAUGGAAUCUGACGACAGCGCCCAAGAAAACCCAUACGAGUUUGGAAAGUGGGACCCGCACUUCAACGCUUCAAACAGAAGCAACGAUCUGAUGGAAAUGUCAGACGAGGACGCAGACAAUACCAGCAACGAAGAAGAAGAAGAAGACGACGACGCUGGAGACAGGGACGAAGACGGCCAAAAUCUCGAAAGCGGGGGCGAUCUAGACAUGGAGGACAAUGGUGAGGAUGAGUUGGAUAGAAAUGGGGAUGACCAAGGUUCAGAGUCUGAUGGCUCUGGAGAUUACAGUGAUUGAGUUCAAGUUCUAAUGUUUUUAGAAUGAAACACAAAGUUCUAUAGUUGUCUGUUUUUUUUUUUUUCUGGAAUUUUGUAUUCUUUAAGGAUGUCAGUCUGAAAGGUGGCUGAUUCUGUAUGUAUAGAAUUGUAAGGUGUAGAGUACGAGUGUAGCAUCAUAUUCAUAUACAAUCCAACAAAGUAGAAUCUCAGUGAGUGUUGGCAAUAGAAGAGUAUCAGACAGUCAUUUGUGGUAACCUUAGAACUUAUGACAUGAUAAUUGUAACAAUUAUGAUAACAAAUUCUUAUUUCACAACAUAUAUUAUGUUUUUAUUUA